CCUGGCCUAUUUAUUUACCUACAAAAGGUUAACUCUGAACAAAUACAAACCAUAGACAGAGUUGUUGAGCACAAACUCUGCCAAAGACUGCAACUUUUUAGCAUUUUUUCCUCUCCCUACAGCCCCCACUUUUUUUUUUUUUUUUGUUAUACUCCCAUUAGUCUCCAAUGCUUAAACUCCUCAAUGGCAAGUUCCGCCGCCUCUUCUGUCGCCUCCGCUGGCCCGUUCUCCGCCGGUCCAAGCCCAAAAUUCAGGUCAAAAAGUUCGGGAAAACGAAUUCCAAAGCUCAACACGAUGCAAAACAAGAACCGAGCGUUAAUGGGUCGGCAGCGGUUCAUCCUAAUGGAGAAUUGGGUGGUCUAAAAUCCGAGAAACGGAUACGGAUAGCCACUUUUAAUGCUGCCCUGUUCUCCAUGGCACCUGCAGUUCCUGAGACCGAGAAGACCGCAAGUUUUGGCAAUGAAAACGGAGAUAUAAUGAAGGUCAGACGGUCUUUGGACGUGAAUUUACGAGCAAAGUCUGCGAAUGAUCGUCCCAAAAGUAUUCUUAAGCAAUCUCCACUGCAUCCAAAUUCCAUGAAUGGCACCGACAUUCAUUCAACCCAGCAAAACUUUGGAAAAUCCAAGUUACGGGUGUCGAUAAAUCUGCCCGAUAACGAGAUUUCUUUAUUGCGGAAUAGACAAAUGAGCUUCGAUGAGAGGGAAGGUUCUUCUUCUGCUACCGCUGCUUCGAGUAGCCCAACAAGUAGAAUUCUGAGAGGGAAAACUCCAUUAAGAUCUACUGUGAGCUUCUCAACGAGCAUGGUAAAUGGUAUAGAUGUUGAAGGCUAUAGAAGCAGUAGGAGUGUGCUCGAAGUGCUGAGAGAAUUGGAUGCCGAUAUAUUGGCUCUGCAAGAUGUGAAGGCAGAGGAAGAAAAGGCCAUGAAACCUCUGUCUGAUUUGGCUGGCGCUUUGGGAAUGAACUAUGUGUUUGCCGAGAGCUGGGCGCCGGAGUACGGCAACGCCAUCUUGUCGAGGUGGCCGAUUAGCCGGUGGAAAGUUCAGAAGAUCUUUGAUGAUUCUGAUUUCAGGAAUGUUCUGAAGGCCACGAUUAAUGUACCAAACAUGGGAGAAGUCAACUUCAACUGCACCCUUCUUGAUAAUCUUGAUGAGAAUUGGCGGAUGAAGCAGGUAAAUGCCAUAAUCCAGUCUAGUGAUGAGCCUCACAUUUUAGCUGGAGGUAUCAAUUCACUCGAUGAAACAGAUUACUCCCCAGAAAGAUGGACUGACAUUGUGAAGUAUCAUGAGGAGAUUGGAAAGCCAACACCAAAGGUGGAAGUGAUGAAAUUUUUGAAGAGUAAACAGUAUUCAGAUGCUAAGGAAUUUGCAGGGGAAUGCGAGUCAGUGGUCAUGAUUGCCAAAGGCCAAAGUGUGCAGGGAACAUGCAAGUACGGAACUCGAGUAGAUUACGUAUUGGGAUCCCCAAAUUCACCCUACAAGUUUGUUCCAGGAUCGUACUCAGUCUUCUCUUCCAAAGGAACUUCUGAUCAUCACAUAGUCAAAGUCGAUUUAGUGAAAGAAAUUACCAGUACUGCUAUUAGUGCUGAAGAUAAAAAUGUCACCAGAAAGCAGCGGCGACAACCAAAGCAGAAAGUUGUAAAGAUAGCAGCAAAGUCUUCUCCAUCACUUGGUAUGUGGAAAACACAGACAUUAAGAUCAGAAAGAUAUUGAUUUUUUUUUUUUUUUUUUUGGUCUUUUUUCAGUUCUUAGUGCUAAUUUGGUUUGAUCUGUGUGUCGAAGGAAUUAAGGGGGCAGAAGGGUUAUAUUUGGAUCUGUUUUCCUUCUCCUAUAUAUGCUUUAAUUUGCAAGUUGUAAAUAAUUUAAUACUGUUUUUACUUGUACGUGUAGGAAGAUACAAGGAUAUAAAUAACAUUUGG